GGAUAAGACAAAGAGUCAAACAGUGGUAAGCAGCGGAAAAAAACUGCGAAACACGCAACGCAAGUGGAUGCACGAGAGCAGACCAAGGGAAAGCGAGUAAUUUUCAACGACGAUCAGGAUGAGUACGGCGAUUUCGUGUACGUGAAAACUUGAGAGAUGGUCGGAGUCUAACAUAUACAACAAACCAAAAAGUAUGUAUGGUGCAGUACGUGAACAGGUUUCUGAAAGUUGGAUACAUACGUAUGACUUAAGCAGUACAAUGAUUCCUAAUGUUAGUUCGCCGAUGAACGAUGAAGAGCAUUUUUGCAAAUUCAUCUUAUACAAAGAAAUUAAAGACUCAAGAGUACGAAUAUGGGAUACUAUCAUAUUGGUACCGAAUCUCUUGUUUCUUUUAUUCAUUGCGGUAAGAUUUAACAGAGCAAGGCUUAAAUUACGAGCAACGAGUAGUCCGAUAUACUUAGCAUUUUAUGGACUUGUCAUUUGUAAUGUAGUAAUUUCGGUGAUACGAUGUGUUGUUUCGAUGAGUGUAAAUGCGGCGACUACCGCUGGUGGUAAAGCAGAUAAAGUACUGUGGGUAACAGUAAGAUUUUUCUUGUUAUCCACAGAGAUGAGUGUCGUUAUUUUCGGUUUGGCUUUCGGACACUUAGAUAGUCGCUCAAGUAUUCGUAGAGUACUACUUGCCACGUCGUUCAUAUCACUGGCUUUCACGGUAACUCAAGGAACAUUGGAACUAGUUUUACCAGAUGAUACAUUCCAUAUACCUAGUAGAGAUUUUUAUGUAUUUGGUCAUGGUGGUAUGAUGUUUUGGUUUUGCAGCAGUAUUGUUUUCACAAUGAUAUAUCUUUUUAUAUUAAUACUGCCAUGGACGCGGUUAAGAGAUCGGUUAACUCUUCCAACAAAGAAAAGUUUUUACAUUUAUGCUGGUACAUUGGCCAUGCUAGACUUAGUACAAUCAAUUGGCGCAGGCUUUUUAAAUUAUACACAGAAUCCUAUAGGAUUAUGUAUCGUGGAUUUUACUGCAGCUGUUUAUUUGACUCUUUUUACACCUUUGGUUUAUCACACAUUCCUGUCUGAAGUUUUCGGGGUCUCUCAACCGUCGAUAAUGUUCUCGUACAAGGCACAAGUAGACGAUGCAAUGGAUGAAGACACAGUGUCAUUGCCGCAUCAACAGAGUUUCUCCUCAUUAAAAACAGACAGCGAUUAUAUUUAUCAGAAUCACAGUGUUUAUGACUCGACCCAAUUCGACACAAAUUCCACACCAGUGAAUCCACUCUACGCAGCAUCUCUACAAAGUCCAGAUAGCAUUACUGGCUAUAGUAUAGAUAGCCAGGAAGGUCAAACCCAGACGAAUGGUUACCAACAAUGAACACGAUUCGAUUCACGCAAAGAAUUCAAAUCUGGAUGUAAAAGUUGUUCAACGAUCAAGUUUCAUUUCGUAAAGAGCUUCGUGAAAUCCACUGAAAACGUGUUCCACCGUCGUUCAAUGCUCCGAGAGCGCGACGUUACUCGAACAGAGUGGAACCAGAACGAAAUCGCACCCCUGUACGAUUCCGCGAAAAGAAUCUGGUCACUCGUAAACAAAUGAUUAGGGCAAUAACAUCGAAGAAGUAUUUUGAUUUUUCUUGUGAUAGAGAGCAUCGAUAGCACUUGUGAUCUUAAACUAUCGAAGACACCGAUAGAAGACCAUCAGGCAAAAGAUUAAAUUCUAUCCCGAGAAGCAAUGUUGUUGCGUGUCUUGUACUUAACUGUUUAGAAAAUGUUUUCUUAGCGAAAGUGGUAUAGAUGAGGUUUAAAAAACGAUAGUACGACGUCAACGCCUAAUUGCAUUGAUCAGCGGGCUGCUAAGGUUAUCCUAUAUUUACGACAGACUUCAUCGGUUGAAUUGACUUUGGAAACUUGCUUAUCGUUUCUCCGUCCUCUCCACCAAAGAGACCUUCGAUCGCAGGUCCGUCUCAUGCAAGAUUGAGCACGAUUCGCGCCGAAUCCCUCGCUAUUUUCCUACUUUUGCAUUAAGAAAUCGCUAGAACGACGCAAGGACAAUAGGAGUCGUUGAGAUAAGUGCGCCGCGAGGAUUGAAACAUAAUUAGAGUUAAGGAGAAAUCUUCGAUGCUCCGGUAACUUUUACGAAGACUCCAUCCAUCGUACAUGUAUAUACACCUUGUACUCUAGUGUAAAGGAUCGUGUUAUUUAUAUACUAAUAUAUACAUUAUAUUUAUCGAUAUUGUAUGUCCAUACUCGUACUAGUUUUGGCAGAUCUGUGUUUGGCUGUCCUCGCCACAGAGAUUCGUCUGCCUUUCUCAAUUUGAUACGUAACCAAUCACGAAAUAAAAGCGGCGCUAACGAACGUGAUUAUGCCAACAAUCAACACUUUGAGACAUCCGAUAACGAACCGUAACGCGACCCUUUGAAGCAUUCCGAUUCCUUUCAAUCUUUAUUCUCCGUCUGAUUUUGUACGAUUUAUAUCUUUUUAGCGAGAGACCGAGUUUUUGGAGUAAAAUUCUCAUUGGAACAUGUGCUUCAAAGGUGAAAAGUCAACAUAGGUUUUUCCCUUGGGAUAUCAUUGGCAACGGAAACAUUGGGGGUGAUCGGUAGCAAUAUAAUUAUCAUCGUACAUAUUUUAUAGGAUCUGAUCCACUUGGACAUGUAAAUAAGGAAGGAUUCGUUGGGCCAGCGUACACGCAACGAGUCUCAUCUGUCAAUUGCAGUCGGUUUAAUCACUUCGAAUCACUCGUUCUCGUACUCUACAGGCUGACUAUUUGUAACCGUCCGGCAAUGUGAUGUUUUUGUAAUUGUCGGGCGGAGUAAGCAACAAGGCAAUACUUUGAUCGCGUAACACGGUUAUAUAUUUAAUGAAAAUAAAUUACAUUUCAAUCGGG